ACACAAGAAGAAAAGGAAUCAGAGAGAGGCAUUUGAUUCCUACUCAAUCCUCAAAUACAUAUAGUCCUGGCUUAAACCAGUGGCUUUCCCAUUUCUUACGAUACCAGGGGACCAGCAGAUUAAAGCAAAGAGAGAUGGGGAAGAAGGCGUGGCUGCUGAAGGUGGAGAGGCUAUGGCGGUGGAAGACAUCGGGAUUGAAGUGGAAGCGCGUGGAUUUUCAGGUGGCUAUAAUGGACAAUCUAGUAUUCAGGGUUCUUUAUGUGGUGGAAGCCGUUGUUGUCGUCUCCACCCUCUGCUUCUUCUUUCUCUGCUGCGGCUGCCACGUGUGAUGCGAUACCAUAUGUACCACAUCUCACUUUAUUUCAUUCAUUCUUUGUUUUUUCUUGUUUUGAUAAUAUUCAUUCUUUGCUUUCGCCGAAGUAAUUUUGUUUGUAAUUCUAUUGUUUGGGUUGAUAAUUAACACACACAUACAUACAUUAUCUUCGGAUUUUUCAGAUUUAUGCAAAUUCCAGUAGUAGAAACCCUUUUUUUCUUUAGAUAAAUACUUUUGCUAUGG